AUGGCUGCCAUCAAAACCACAAUUUUCAUAUCUCUUCUCGCCCUACUCUUCUUCUACGAAUAUCUAUACCCACUUCCUCCCCCGGUUCGCGGCGCCCAUUCCAAUUCCGUUACCGGGGUGCUGCACCGGAAAAUCCUUCAGACGGCGGCUCAUAAGACUGCAGGUGACAAUGUCGAGUCCUCUUCAGAACGGAAGAUGAAUAACGUUCAUAUGAAAAUAGGUACAAGCGGCGGUGGUGGCGGUGGCCGCGGUGGUGGUGGUGGUGGUGGCCGCGGUGGCCGCGGUGGUGGCGGUGGCCGCGAUAGAUCGUCGAAGCGGACAAACCUGGGAGGAGGUGGAACUGGCCACCAUAAAUCGGCGGCGAACCGGAGCCUGGUCGCGUCUUUUGGCGUUGGAUUUCUUCUCUUCAUUUUGGGAUUGUUCAUGUGA